AUGGUGACGACCUGUGCCUACAAUGCACGUACACUUGCAUCCGAGUCCUCGAUGGAAGACUUGCUCAUGCAAGCAAGAAGGAUAAGGUACGACGUCAUCGGCCUGUCCGAGACGAGAAGACGCCCGCCUUUCAACGCCGUCUAUGACACCGGUGAACAAUUGUUCCUCGGAACAUGCGACAGUAGAGUCGGCGGCGUCGGCGUUCUCGUCAACACGAGUUUAUCCACGAACAUCGAUUCAUUCGAACAACUUACAACCCGAAUGGGACGUUUACGUUUAAAAAGACGUGGAUCAAUUCCGGCUUUGAUAAUCUUCGUCGUUUACGCGCCGACAUUAAACUAUGACGAAGUCGAAGCGCUCUAUAUGGACUUGGAGAAGUACUACAGAGAAGACUACACAUUUUUCAAAGUCAUCACUGGAGAUUUUAACGCCAAGAUUUCCAAGACUGGACCAAGAAGAACGUCUGAAGAGCGUCGCAUUGGGACCCGCGGAUUAGAAUGGAACGAACAGGAACUCUUCUAUUUGACAUCUGUAUCGUUGGAAUCGAUAUGGACGAUGUUAUGUUCGAGGCGGUUCGACAAUGUAACACCGGAUCAAUUUCACAAGCAGUACAAUUCACGAGAGUGCACGAGUUUGUUUGACAUUGUUUCAGAUCCCAGUACUGUUAAUGAGAAUGCAUUUGACUUCACAUCCCGUCAAAGUACAUCUCAUUAUUCAUCUUCAGCAGGAGAGCAAGUGAAUGCAUCACCGUUUUCUGAUUCGACGCCAUUCACCACCGCAGCACCGGAGAAUAGUCGCCAUCAAGGCGAAGGUACUCUGGAGAAGAACGGAUCCAAAACACCAAUUUCAAGGCCAUAUGCUAGCGAUGCUUGUACCACAAUCGUUGCGUAUCUGAUGCAGUUCAACAAGAGUGCAGACGAGGAGUUUUCACGUAAGGCUAUCGAAUCGCUUACGAAAAAAUUGAAGGAUAAGAGGGAUGAACUGGAUGCGUUGAUAGCUUGUUGCGGAAGUGAGGGAAAAGAGGCUGAUAAGUGUGUAACUAUAGCGCGUACGCUGGAUGGACGGCUGCAGCGUGCUUCCCGAGAAGCCGAAUUCUAA